AUGAUGCUGAGCGAAGAAUUACGCUCUGAAGUCCCUGUCAGCCCAUAUGAGUUUUGUGAAGCAGCUUUCGAACUCAGAAAUGCUCUACUCUUUCGCGAAAGUCUCAUCUGGAUCGUUGGACCCCACUCAAAUCCUAACUUUGAGCAAUUUAAAGCACGCGGGUAUGACGACAAGCUAGAAAGCAUUGCAAGGUGUGCAUACGGGAAACUAGCAGUCAAAGUCAACAACGCCUUAUCGACAGUGCUAAUGGCAGCGCUGCGAGAAAUCAACACUCCUGUGUACACCGCUAGCAAUCAACUCGUGGGAGUGAUUGCGGACCUCAUGGCAGAGGUGACUGCCGACGACCCCUCGAACAGCAAGGUGCGAUUGAAACUGCCUGAGUUUCUCAGACAAAUCUUUCGCAACUCACCGCUUAUAGCGAACUUGACAAAAGACAGGUGUGGGGGUUUGCUUGAUUCUAAGCUUGUCAUCGACAAAGGGACGUAUCAAGUAGGUGUGGACGAUGCUAGACGAGGACGAGGAGGACUAGAAGACUGUAACGAUCGCUUUUUCUGUGCUGAGAUUGACGAUGAGGAUCUGCCUUGGGAUAUCAAUGAGACCGAGUGGUAG